CUUUGAACCUUGUACGCAAACUUCAUCUUUUAGAUUUCCAUCUACCUCUCGGUUUCGCAAAGCAUAUAUGCCUUAUCCUGGCAAACUUUCGAAGUGUCACCAGAUAGAGGUGUUUCCUGAUAAGUCUUCCCCAAAUAGUCACGUGGCUUGAUUGGCCAAGACCCCACCUUCCUCCCAAGACCGAGCAUCAAAGCUUGGUUUGAAAUCGAAUCCGUCCCAUCCAGGCCCAGCACCUAUUCUCGGAAUCCGGUUCAAUAAAUCUCCGAAGCAUUCUCGACACCCCACCUUUGGACCAGCAACACUGCACGCCAUGUCAGCCAACCAAGACCCCAGUGUGCAGUCUACGAGCUCCAACUCGAAUGACAACACACCUGCGCCCUCGACUACUGCGACCAACAACUCGAACUCGACAUCAGCGACAUCAAGUUCAUCCAGCGCUGGUCAAGAUGAUGGCCUCGUUUGCCGUUGGAAUCAGUGCAACGAGCGCUUCAAUUCGGCCGAGACCCUCUACGAUCAUAUCUGCGAGCGACAUGUGGGCAGAAAGAGCACCAACAACCUGAAUCUGACCUGCCAGUGGAACUCGUGCCGCACCACAACUGUCAAGCGCGACCACAUCACGUCGCAUAUUCGCGUCCAUGUUCCGCUGAAGCCUCACAAGUGCGACUUCUGUGGCAAAUCCUUCAAGCGCCCCCAGGACUUGAAGAAGCACGUCAAGACGCAUGCCGAUGACUCUGUGCUUGUCGGGCGGUCGCCCCAGGAUCAGAAUGGCGGUAUGAAUCCGGCCUACCGAGGGCAUAGUGGAAAAGCUCCCUCUAGCUACUAUGAUCACAAUGGCCAUGUCCGUACUAACUCGGCCGCCUUCGGUCAGCCGCAGCAGAACGGGCAUGCUAGCUACUACACCCAUCAUCAGCCACAGCCACAGCCAUACCAGCCCCUGUACUACCAACAGCCAAUGGGGCCCCGAGGCGACUUCAUGGGCCACCAGGCGGCCCCCUUUGACGCCCGCAGCAAGCGCGGGUAUGAUGAUCUCAACGAGUUCUUUGGCAGCGCCAAGCGCCGUCAGGUCGAUCCAAACUCGUACACCCAGGUUGGCCGGUCUCUCUUGCCGCUACACACCUCUCUAGGCCUCCACACCGGGGGCUUGUCCACCGAGUACAUGACUGCCGCUCCUCCCGCCCUGUCUGUCGGUGGCGGGGCCUCUCACGGACCCCUGACCCAGCACUAUUAUCUGCCUCCCAUGACCAACCUGCGAACCAAGGAUGACCUCCAGCAAAUCGACCACAUUCUCGAGCAGAUGCAGGCCACGGUAUACGAGAACACUGGCUCUCCACAGAGUGCUCAUUACCCUCAUCAUGGGGUCGAUAUGCGCCACCACUCCCCUGCUUAUGCUACGCGGCCGGGUGUAGACCACUAUGCUGCUGUCUCGGGGCCCCAAGUCGCCUCUCCGCUUGUGGCGUCGACUCCCUCGACCGGCACUCCAGCCGUCACGCCGCCCUCGGGCACCAUGUCGUACACCUCUGGCCACUCGCCUAGUGCAUCAUCGGCCGGCAUGUCACCAGCUUCACGCCAUAGCACUGCCGCCUCGGUUGCGUACCCGACAUUGCCCGCCGUCACGUACCAGGGCCAGUCGACGACCUCGACUCUGGGAUCAAGCUUCAACCCGGUUGAGCGCCGCUUGUCGGGCGGUAUGCUUCAGACUUCCAAUGGCGGUCGACGAGCUGGUCGCGACAUGGACAGAGCUGCGACUCCAAAGGCAAGCGAGUCCAACUCGGUCAGCUCUCCCUCGGAUGAGUCUGAGACCAGCACCGAGGCAGAGACGUACGAUGAGUGGGUCCAGCACAUGCGCGUCAUCGAGUUCUUGCGCAAGUAUGUUCGCGACAGACUUCACCGUCAAGACUACGACGAGGCGAUGAGGGAGGGGAUGAUGGAGGGGAGGGACCACCGAGACAACAGGGACAAUCGGGACAACCGUAUUGACUCCAAGGGUUUCGCCUCGGAGAAGGGAGUCCCAGAGAGGCCUCUUUACCCUUCCCUCCCUCGCAUCAUGUGAAUGCGUCUUUCAUCACGGUUCUUGGGUCUGCGGCUGAAUGAUAAUGUCUGUUUGCCCAACUGGGUCUCAAAACGUGGAAUACUGGGUUUUGCUAAGGUCCAUCGACUUUAACUUUUCAGUUCCUUUCCGAUACCUCUAUUUCGUACAUCCUUUUCAAGUUUCGUCCUUACCUCUCCUUUUUUCCCUAAUUUAUGUUGCUCAUGCGGACGUGGGGAAAGGUGUCUCAGGAUUCGUUGGGGGAUGGCUGGUUCAUGGUUUGAUGUCCAUGGUUCAUAUGAUAAGGCGUUAUUCCGAAUACUCUGCAAACGAAACCCGUCUGUAGUUUACCUAUGUACAGACGUAUAGAAAAUGCACAAUUUCUACUCUUUGA